AUGCUGUUGCAUAAUGGAAAUUUAAAUCUUAUGCCGAAACAUUUAACAUAUGACUCCCCCAUAAUCUUGAAUCGAUAUUCCAGCCCAAGGUCAAAUAAUGCCAUGCGAUUAAUUCUCUUCUGUAUAAUCUUUUUGAAUAUUCUUUCCCAUAUUUACAGUGCCUCUUUUCUUUGGAGCACAUGGUCAGCUUGGCCAUUAACUUGUUCCAAGACCUGUGGAGAAGGUGAACGUUGUCGAAUUCGUAAAUGCCAAGAUGUUGUCGAUUCUUCUUCCUGUAAUGGGGCGGGUUACGAGUGCACGAAAUGCAUGUGUCCCCACAUACCCGGGUGGAGCGAAUGGGGUGUAUGGGGGGAGUGCAUCCUGAGUGAAUCGGCCGCGGGAACAAAGGCUAGAACCCGACUGUGUAAUAACCCCCCUCCACAACCCAUUCCAAACUCCCCUAUCUGUUCGGGGUCAAAUCAAGAGGUCACUCAUUGCAACUAUGGUUGUCCUGACAUCCCAAACUUGAAUGAAUCUGAUAUUCGCUUUCAGAUCAAACAGCUGAUAGUGAAUGAUCAUUUGACCACUCGAGUUAUGAGAAAGGAUCCGAAUAACUAUGCUAAUGCGGUACUGAUUCGUCCAGUUGGUGAUAAUGCAGUUCUUAGUUGUCUUACUAAUUCCUACUCACUUGCUGAACAGUUGCUUGAAUUUAAAAUUGCAGAUAUAUUAGAUACAAGACUACCAAAAAAAAGACUCGAAAUCUUCUGGCAACUUGGCGGAAGAGUUAUUGCUUCAGAAGAUCCGAACAUGAUCAUUAGAGAUGCACGUUUAGUUGCACCUGAGAAGGAACUUGAGGCUGAAGAAAAUCGACUUUUGAGUCAGUUGCAACGAACUAAUCCUGUAAUGAAAGGUACUGAGCUACUCCUCAAUAAUCUAAAACACGAAGAUACAGGAUUCUAUUCUUGUCAUGUUAGACUGGGAAAGUAUGAGUGGAUGACAGUCUUUUACUCUCUUAUUGUUCUAGGCAAAGUGGUUUCAGCACCAGCUAAAAUGCCUUUUUAUCUGCAUUCAAAUAUCGGUGCAAGAAAUCCUUUCAAUAGGGGUAAUGUACACUGGUAUGACGCCGCUAAAAUUCAAUGGACACUUAACGGAGAAGUCAUAUUCACAGACCUUGUGGUUCGACCAAGAGCUAGGGUACGACAGAUACCCCUUUUAAGUAACGACCUGCAAGGCCAUUGGGAGUGUCAUCUGAUUGUACCGGUUCCAAACACACCCACUUCGCUAGGAUCUAAGAAUUUCACUCCCUCAGGAAGAUUUCUAAUUAACGCUUUCUUUCUACGCGUUACAAAGGGGCCACAAAGUUUAUGGGAAAUAGGAAGCGCAACACGCGGAAUAAAAAUCCUAAGAUACAUUGCGAUUACAACAUUAGCUCUCAUUUUUCUACUUCUAAUCUUGUUUAUUUUAACGAUCUGGGCAGCAAGAAGGUGGAUAAAAAGAACUCCAGACAAAAAACGUCUUGAAGGAGCAGUCGAAAGGGUGAUAGAAGAUCGUACAAAUAUAUUCAUCAAGGCUGGAGAGGAAGUUGACAAAAGAAGACGACUUCUGGUUCCAUAUGUUAAACAAGAGAAUAGAGAGAUCGAAAUUACUCGCCAAACAGCUGAGCAGAUUACGGUGGAGGAAGCAAAAGCUCAAGUGGUGCGAUGUGAAAAAAAGUUUAAGAAGUUGGCUUCUUAA